CGGUAGUUGUCACACCGAAUCGCUAUAUCAUGCUACUACGUUGUUACAGCAAAUUUCAUACUAAUAAACAGUGAAUCCACAAAAAGGUUAAGCAAACAUCCCAGAUAAAAAUGACGAAAUCGUCCAACGUAUCUCUAUACUUUAAUCCCAACAUAAGGUUCACACCGUACUUGAAUACAUAAAGAUGGCGAAGUGAUACGGGAUCUUUCGACAAAAGAAGCUGCGUAGAGAGGUGUUAAUUGGAGGACUAGACAAAAGUGUUUGAAGUGAGGUGAGAAAGUUGAGUGUUCCAUGAUGGUCAACGCUCCUGUCAAAAAAAGUGAACGGAAGGUGUCGAAGAAGAAUAAAGAAAUGUCAAAGAAAGAGUUGGAACUCGUCAAGAAGGAGGCUGCCCUCAGAUAUAGCGAUACCAGCUGGCGCAUUUUCAACCAAAACCGACAGAACGUACCAGAAGAUGGAAAUAUCGAUACCAAAGACAUCUCCGAGACCAACAAUGAUAGAGACAUCCCAUCAAACGGUGGCAAUGCUCCCGAAUCAGAUGUUGUCACAGCAAAACAGAACGGAACGAAACCAAAACUCAAAGAAAACAGAAACAAUGUCGAUGACGGCGAAUCCACUUCAAGUGGAAAUGUUUACGAGAAAAUAAAGAGGCCCGAAUCGAGGCAGUUGGUCCAAAUCGAAAAAAUGGAGGUUACAUAUGAGAAGGUGAAGUUGACUUG